AUGAGUGAAACUAAGGUAUGUUAAUGCUGGUAAGUAUUUGACUUAUAAUUGAGUUUGGAAGAAGUUUUGGCUACUAAUUAUUUACUUCAUUCUCUCUAUUGUGAACGUAACAUUACAAAAUGCAAUAUAUGUGAUCAAAGAAUAGAUAUAAAUGAAUAGGAUGCUCAUAUGGAGACACAUUAAAAAGUAUAGAUAAGUAUAUAUGAUUAGACUGAAUGCAUAUAUUGCUCUAAAUAGUUUGAAAAAAGACUUAUUGAAAUGCAUAAGAAUAAUUGUCCCAAUAAACCAGAGAAGUGUGGAUUUUGUGAUUUAAUGAUUAAUAUGGCAGAGAUGCCAAGACAUUAAGCAAAUUGUGGUUCUAGAACAGAAUAAUGUUAAAUUUGCAAAAAGCAUAUACAAAAAAGAGGUAAAUUAUAAGUUGAUGUUUUAGAGUUCAAUUUACAUAUUAGUAUUUGUAGAAAAGAUUAAUAACAAUCAUAGAAAAGAAAUAGAUUAAAACGUAUUACAAGUGAACCUACUUCUGAACAAUCUUCGAAUGAUUCAUCUGUAUAAGAAAUAAAGUAGAUUACCAAAAGAAAACCAUAGAAAUAAAAUAAAUAAAGAUCAAAACAAAAAGAAGAUAUAUCGAAAAAAUAUAAUGAUGAUGAUGAUGAAGAUUUCUAAAAAGCUUUGUAAAUGAGUCUGAAUUAAAAAUGA